CUCACCCUGGUGCUGUGCGCCUCCCUCAUCUUCUUUGUCAUCUGGCACAUCAUAGCCUUUGACGAGCUGCGGACCGACUUCAAGAACCCCAUCGACCAGGGGAACCCAGCGCGGGCACGCGAGCGUUUAAAAAACAUCGAACGCAUCUGCUGCCUCCUGAGGAAGCUGGUGGUCCCAGAAUACUCCAUCCACGGCCUCUUCUGUCUGAUGUUUCUGUGUGCAGCAGAGUGGGUGACCCUGGGCCUCAACAUCCCCCUCCUCUUCUACCACCUCUGGAGGUACUUCCAUCGCCCGGCGGAUGGCUCUGAGGUCAUGUAUGAUGCGGUCUCCAUCAUGAAUGCUGACAUCCUCAACUACUGCCAGAAGGAGUCCUGGUGCAAACUCGCCUUCUACCUGCUCUCCUUCUUCUAUUACCUGUACAGUAUGGUUUAUACGUUGGUGAGUUUCUAAGGGGGAAGCCGGCCAGGGAGCAAGCCCAGAAUGGACCGGACGCCUGUGCACCCCCAGCCCUGCCCCUCGGCCGCAGAGGCCUCAGCCCUGGGGAGGGAGGGGGCACUGGUG